AUGCCCUCCCUCACGCUGCCCGACCCGGACAUGAUCCUACCAUACGGUGGCGAACGCGAAUCCCAAACGCCAUCUCCACCGCAAAUCGCCUACCUGUCGCAUCUCAACUCCCGCCCCCACGACCCCAAUGCCCCCAUGGCCGUCGGCUCUCGACAGAAGAAAAACUUUUCCCGCUCGGCCUGGACACACGAGGAUGUGAAUGUGAGUCGUCGGUUGUCGGAUAUCGGUGAGGAAUUAUCCCCUUCGAGGUCGGAUAAUUUCGAUGAGUCUGGCGGCGCACAGGAGUCGAGUUCCCCAUCUAGCCAGUACGAGGCCGAGUCGAGUUCCAGCUCGACGGUGAGCGCGGGGAGCAGGCGCGCUUCGGAGGCUAGGUCACCGCAGAUCGAUCGUGAUGUGGCGGCUGCUCAGGCUGAGGUCGUGAAAGCGCAGGCGAGUCUAGUGGGCGCUAGUCCUUCUCUGGCGGCAAGCAACUCGGUUGCGUCUGCUGCUGCGGAGGGAAAAGGGCCCGGGGAGGAGUUUUCGUCGGCAAUAUUGAGUAGUGAGGCGGAGAGGAUUCUGGAGAAUGCGAAGAAACGCUUGAAUCUCAUGGAAGGCAAUCUGACCCGCGCUCGCUCGACUACGCGUAUGACGCCGUCGCCGUCGCCCUCUGCGCCGGGAAACGUCCAGCCGAUGGGCAUGCACCACCCCGUCGGCGGACUGUAUCGAUCGAUCUCCCGCACCGAUCCCAAGAACUCUUCGCUGCGCCGGCAGUCGCUCAUUUCGUCGCAGGAUUCUACGAGUAAUCGACACUCGAGGGUUCAUUCUGAGACGAAUAUCCCGUCCGAGUCGAGUAUGUCGAAUGAUAAGAAGGGACUCUCGCGCUCGGUUAGUGCCAUGGGCGCGAGCACUUCGUCCAAUCUUCAUACGGAUGAUCGGUCGUUCCAAUACGAGCCUACGAGGGCGUAUCUCACGCACCGGGCGUCCAUAUCUUCUAUCAGGCCUCCUGUGCAAAUCAAAGAGCAGCCAGCCGAGCCGGAGGCAACGCCGUCACCUAUUUCUGAGGGACACAGCUCGGCGGGUUCACCGCAGGGCUUGGGGAUCUCGGAUGAGGGAUCGAAAUCUAGUCCGGAGAGGUUCAGUCCUGUCUACAGCUCGUAUGGGCCACCUAGUCGCGCGCAGUCGCAGUUGCAAGUACGUGAUCUUCAAUAUCAGAUGAAGGGUCUGCAUAUCAAGAUCUCUUCACUGAAGGUGAAGACUCAGGAGGAUAAUCUUCGCAGGCGCAGUCUGCAAAGUUUGCGUACGCCGAGUCCUCUGACGGCCGCUGAUCACUGGUAUGCCAACGCGCUGGAACUCAAAGAUGGCCGUAGCAGCCGUGGCUCCGAUGCCAGACGGGAUACGAGCUCUGAAUAUGCCCGGCAUGUUUCGAACGGUGGUUUGCCGAACGAUCGGCGUGCUUCUGGGGAUAGUCCCGUGGAGUAUGCUGCAGAGAGUACAUCUAAAGAUGCCGGCAACUGGCAAAACAAUGGGCCUGAAUACGACGACAACCAAUCUGUCGCCGAAAGCAUGUAUGAAGACGCUGAAGAGGGCGACUAUGACGAUGACAUUGACCGUGAAGCUCUGGAUGAGAUUCUCCGUGAGCCGCUUGACGAUGACCUGGAGGGACCCAUCCACACGGACACAACGCCUCACGAGAUGCGCGAGGAUGCUUUCGACUAUGAGCAUUUCAUCCUGCACAGUGCGCUAGGCAAUUUCGCGCGACCACUCCGCCGUGCGAGUACCAGCUCGAAUGGCUCCGUUGAAACAACCCGCCCAACAUAUACCGCGAAACAUUCGCGCACAAACAGCGCCAUGUCGGACUCAACGGUGGCGACCUUCGCAACGGCAGCAGAAGCGCGCCCAGACGAGGAAGACGACGUUGACAGCGUGAUGUAUUGGGACCGACGAUUCAAUCACGAACUUCGACACGGACAUGUCCACACUCACUCUCAUUCUCACCACGGCCCCAGUCCAAUCCAAGAAGCUCAAGAAUCCGAUCGAUCAGAAACACCCCACGGAUCUCGAGACGCCAACGGCAACACCAGUCUCACCCCCGUCGAUGAGAAUUUCUCACCGCAGAAACAGACCGGCCGGUCAUCAUCCACCGCCGGCUCCGCAACCCCAACCUCGCUCGUCUCAUCCCUCGUCUCGACUGUGCGCGCGGCAUCCAGCACGCCCGUCGCCGGUGGUAUCAACGACGAUGACACGCAGAUGCUGGAAACGCUCUUCGCCAGUCUGGGCAAGGUCUGCAUGGAUCUGCAGGCCAUCACGACCUCUCCGGACCCGGAUCACACGGCCGCGCGUGUAUUACGGCGCCGGCUGGAUGCGGCGCGGAGAGUGUUGGAGGAGAGCUCGAUGCUUAAUGCUUAA